AUGCAGCAUCAGACAUGGUUCUGUCCCCGAGAUCCAAACACGACGAUCAUGACACGAUACCCGGGCUCCAUGAAACGACAAUCGACUGGAGAGAGGACGGGUCUGAGUCCCUUAGGCUGGAAUCAGAACGCGAGGCCGGAUUUCUUCCGAGUUCCCAUCAUGAGAGCGAUUUGUGUUCUCAAGGUUAUCCGGGACUUGAAUAGAUAG